GUUUAACAGAGCGCUCACACCUCCACCGGGCAGCAGAGCAGGAGGAGUGCGCGUGAUGUUUAACGUCGUGCACCAGGUUCGGAAGUACGUCCCCACGCGCUCCUCGGUCACGGAUGACAUCACCGUACGGACGGUGCAGGUGAACAAAUCCCCUGGGACGAUGCGUGAGGCACCUGAGGCUACCUGGCCGCCCCCGGGUGCCAAAAUGCGGAUCUCCAAGGCCAACAAGGGCGCAGCGGUGGUGAAGGCCGUCCGGCGGCAUCCGUCCCCGCAGCCGGCCAGCCUGGAGAGCCUGGAGGCGGCUUGGAGUGAGAGAGCGACCCCGGAGGUUAGGCCACCGGAGAGGAGCCCCGAGGGGAGAAACGGAGAGCCAGCCGGGAUGGAAGGAGGAGGAGGGCCUCCCAGGGUCAGGAAGAAGGGUUUCAGACCCCCGGAUGUGAGGACCAUCUUCUCCCCCGGAGAGAGGGACCCCCGGGUGGAAGAGGAGUCCGGGGAGGGCCACAACUUCGAGUCCGGAGGGGAAUACAACUGGUGUGAUGUGUGCUGCAGCUACAUCUUCCAGCAAGGGCUCACAUGUGCAGGGUGUAAGUACGCAUGUCACGCUGCGUGUCGGGACCGAGUGUCACUGGAUUGUCAUCCUGCAGCUUCUCCCUUCAGUCAGGACCAGCUCAACAACAACACCCUGCUACAGGAUGCGGAGAAGGAGCGAGAGCUGCGGACGGAGUUCAGCAGGGAGGAAAUCCGACAGAAGAUCGAGCAGUACAACUCUCUGACCAAAGACUUGCUCAAGAUGACACUCAAUCCCACUGGUGUGUAUACUGGUUUCAUCAAAGUUCAGCUGGACCUGAGGAGGCCGGUGACAAUGCGGGGGGGUCAGAGAGGAGCAGGAGGGGGGCUGGUGAAGGAUGCCUUCUAUCUGCCCCGCGGAGUCACCAACACCCUCCACAUCAGCUCCAAUAACACCGUCAGACAGGUGAUCGUCGCCCUGCUGAGCAAGUUCACAGUCCAAGACAACCCGGCCAAAUACGCCUUGUACAAACGCUACCGCAGGGAGGAGCAGGUGUAUGUGUGUAAGCUGGCGGAUGGCGAGCAGCCGUUGUUUCUGCGUCUGGUGGCGGGACCUGAAGCCGACACGCUCAGCUUCGUACUGAGAGAACAGACCGGAGAAGUCUUGUGGGAUGCCUUCUCCAUCCCAGAGCUGCGUAACUUCCUGCGGAUCCUCGACAAGGAGGAGGAUGAGCAGAUGGAGGCGGUGAUUCGUCGCUACGGAUUUUACCGGCAAAGACUGCAGGAGGCGAUGCGGGAGCUCAGAGGACCCUCUUAGAGGAAUUGCCUUCCGAAAAACAGGACUACUGCCCCAUACAGGCUCGGAGCAGGGGAUUUUCUUACAUUCAGAGGAGCUGAAUCUACAUUUUGACGAGGAGAGGCAUUUGAGAACAAAGGAUUCUGCGCCCGGACGAAGGGAUCAUACAAACAUUCAAAGGAAAUAAACUGAGAAAGGAUCAACGGAGAAGAUUUGGUUGCUGGAGUUUGAUUCAGCCUGGAUUAAAGACUUCACACUGCUGCCUGCUCACACCAAAGAGUCACUACAAAGUGCCAUAUCCACUCCUCCUCUCUCCAUGCAUCCCUCUGUUCUUCUUCCACUCUGUCCUGCUGUCACAUAAUUUAUCUUUAGGUCCCCCUUUUUAUCCCUUUACACUUGUGAAAGACUCAAGGCCAUAUGUUGAGUUAGAGGUUUAUUUAAUGUUUUUGUUUUUAAAGGUCUGUACAUAUUUUUCUUUCUUAAUUUAUAUGGGUGAAGCUUUUUGUUGUUUCAUUUUGUUUUUCUCGAAACAAAAAGUCUUAUUUUGUUCUGUUUUUUUGUUGAGAGGCGGAGCAACAGUCCGGUGGUUGAUACAGACACGGAGAAUAGUUGAGAAUAUUGAGCAUGAGCAUCGACUUACACAUUACAGGACUAGCAGAUCAUUUAGACAAUAGCCUUUGAGUUAAGAAGCUGCAUUAUCAUUGAUUUUUGCCUGAAUGAUCCCGAAAGUUGAGAAAUAUUUAAGUGAAGAAGUAAGAAGUAGGUAUGGAGUCUUCAGUGUGCCAAAGAGAAAAUGCAUUUAGUUUUUAUUAUAAUUAUUUUACUUUACUUUCAUAGCUGUUGAUUAUAUGUGAAAAUGACAACAAAACAAGACAACAGAGGGACAACACAUAAGGAAUAUUAACGUUAAAUUACAUGUACUAUUUAAUCACUAUUUUAAUUUCUGGGUAAUUGCUUUAUAGAUUAAGAAAAUGUAACAGUUAUGUUUUACAAAUAUUUUUCUAUAUUAUUAUUUUCAGGGUACUUAUGUGCCUUGCUCUUACAUGAUCUUCAAAGCAAAUAAGCAGAGUCUCCUUUAACUCUUAUUUCCAUUAUAUUGAGACUUUAAUCACCUAUAACUUAUCAAACAUAGAACUUUGUUAUUUGUUAAGUUUAAAAAAAGGUGUUUAUAAUACACUUAUUUGAAAUGCAUAAAUACAUUGCUUUUUUAAUGAAUCAAUGAUUGAUUGAUAUCUUUGAUUAGUAUUUGUAUUCUGAUUAUAGGCACACUUUGGACUCCAUAGGAAGUGAUUCCUGAAAGUGAAUGUUGUAGACGUGGGUACAGAGGAAUAAAAGGUGCAUUUCAGGUUUAAUGUGACUGAAAACAAAAACUCUAAUGGCAAAUAAUGAAAGCGGAACGGUUUCAUACUGACUGACUAAAACAAAAAAGAGUCUAAAUGGAAGCUGAUGAGGGGAGUGCAGGAAGAGACGUGGUUUUAGUGUGAAGGUAGUUAUUUAAUGGCGGGGGGGAUGAUUUAGUUGGAUUUGAAGCUGAAGGUGGUAAUGUAGAUUGGAUAGACUUGACCUCUAACCUUUGGCCCUGCAUGGCAGAGGAGGAGGAGUGACGGUUUCUGGAAGUUGACUGAGAAGAUGGAGAAAGUAGAAGAGAAGGAAACGUAGGACAGUAGUGAGCAGUUUGACGUUUAUGGGAUUUUCUGUCUUUUUGCGUUUUUCUGCAUUAAUGAAAGCUCCUGUGACCCACAGCUCAGAGAAAUAAGGGAGGUGUUAGGUCCGCAGAGAACAGCGGAGGGAAAAAUGGCUGACCUGUCUUGUUCUCGUGUUUUUGUGCUCUUUUCUCAGCACAAGAAGCCUUAACCUCCCUUACAACCCGAGGUUCAGCUGGCGGAUAAAAGGAAAAGAACGAAUGAAAGAAAGAUAUGCAAAGUGCGAACGAAUGUACACAGGUGGAGGCGUUUUUGUGCAGUAAAGGUCCAUGACAUGUUUUGCAAGGAGCUGCCUUAAAUAUAUAUGCAAUGUUAUCUGUAGUAAUUGCAAUUCAUCAUUUAUGGCUUAGAGACCAAAGAGUUUGUCAAUGUAGUUUUGUUGAAAAACUGUAUUUUUUUCUGUUUUUUGCAUCAGCAGUUAUUCAGAUAUUUGAUCAAACACCAUACAUGCAAUUUAAGAUUAAACAAAGACAAUCAUUUGAACCACAAGUCAUUAAAAGGGGAUGAGUUGAGCCGAAUGAAGUGCAACACUGUCCCCUAGUGGACAAACCCUGCAUCUCACAUUUCUGUGUCAAACUCUCAUAGGUUUAUUUUUUGUUAUAACCAAAGUGAUUUUUAUGGUGUUGCCUGGAGCAAAACAUAUAUCAGAGGCCUGUUCCCUCUGAAGGGAUCACAUAUAAAGUUUAGAGUUUUAUUUAAAGGGGUUUCGACCCUGGUUUAUUUUAUUAUCGAACACUGGGUUAAUGAUAUGGAAGCAAAAGGUCAGGAUGAUUUGAAUUUUAUAAGCAGCUGAAUGACUAAUUGUGACUUUUAAAGGGCCACUCUUUUAGGAGGCAGAGAGGGCAGUAUAGAAGACAACGUUGUGUUGCAUUAUGGGAAAUGUAGGAUCUAGCAUUUUUGGCUCUGGGAUCUAAAAUUAGAUAAUUUUGUACUGCUGCUUUUUGAAACGUCCCUUUAGUACCCCAGUGUUAACUUUAAAUACCACUGAAUUUAGAUUAAGUAUUUUUAAAUAUAUUUUAUGUUUUCCCAUUAUUUAAUUUGAAGAAGUCCAAGUGUAAACAUGUGCAUUUUUAAAUGUUUUAUUCAGAUGUUUAACUUUUGGGGGAAAAUCUCCUUAUUCCAUUUACUAAAACUUAAUUGCUUAUUUAUCGGGUCAUAAAUUUAAUUCAGACAUAAAAUAAAGUCAGUCAAACAUGUGAAAUUAAAAUAUCAAAAUUCUAACUUUUGCAGAUCUUGAAAUUCAUUCUGGAUAUAAAAGAAAAAUCACACAAAUUUGGGAUUCAGUUGCUUUUAAAACGUUCAAAGUAUGUUUGCCUUUUUUGCUUCCCUAUAAUAUAAUUUAAAUGAUACAAAGUCUGCAUGGAAACAGUUAAUGCAUCUUAAAGCCUUGUUGUUGUUGUUUGUGUAUCUGAUAAACAACUCUUUCUGCCAAGUACCAGACUAAUCGUAUCAACUAAUUCAGUUAUUUGGGCACUUUAACUUUGAAUUCAGGGAACACGGGUUUUUUUCAUUUUUCUUUUCUCUCUUUAAUCUACCGCCAUCACACUCUGUACUUUACCUUAACAUCUGAUACACUAUAAUCUUAUUUUGAAAGAUUUUGUUAAGCUCCACUCUUAAUUAAACAUUUUAUUUUCAAACAAAUGGAAGUACAGUUUGACUGAGGGUUUUUGUUUUUUUUAAGCUCAUUUUAUUUUUGUCUUUCGUAUAUUUUGAGUUUAGAUGUUAGACUGUGAAUGGUUUUGUUGAAUCUCGCAUGUUGUUCCUGUUUAGUGUUUUUGUAAACAUACAUGCUCUCUGUACGCACUACUUGGCUAAAUAAUAUUAAAGCAUGCGUUAUGUUAGAGAAAACUGGGGGUCAGGCAGCAGUCGGAGAAACACUUUGAGUGAAAAUCUGAUGUUUUUAUCUUAAAUGUCGUCAGAUGCUGGUAGGAAGUGAGGCUUGAUGAUUAAAUAACCUUUUAUGCAAA